AUGAAGGUAUUAAGAGUAGUUGUUUUAGGAGCAAAUAGAGUUGGAAAAACAACUCUAGUGAAAACCUUUUUACAGUCUUCCCCGGAUCACAGCAUAGAGUCUAAUGUAUCCAAAGAUGUACACAGCAAAAUGAUACUUUUUCCAGAUGGAUUGUAUCAUCGAGUGGAGUUUGUGGAUAUCAGCAAUCUGGAUGAGUUUCCUUCCAUGAAAGAGGUUUACAUACAGACGGGAGACGCGUUCGUCGUCAUGUAUGCCGUAGACAACCAGCAAUCGUACGACGAAGCCCAGGUCAUACGUCAAGAAAUCACCAGGCUAAAAGGUCGUUGUUUUGACAAUAUUGUAAUGGUUGGAAAUAAAUUAGACAUCAAGUCAACCCGAAAAAUUUCAACCGAAAAGGCAUGUGACAACAUCCCUGAAACUUGCCUUUUCACUGAAACAAGUGCAAAAUUAGGUCUAAACGUCCAUUGUCCAUUUACUCUGCUGUUUGACAAUUACUUGCAAAGUUUAAAGGAAAUUGAAUCAUCGGACGUGGAAAUGAAGCGAUGUAAACAUUACCUAGGCUGGCUAACCAAAAGUCCAACAAACUUCUACAUUUUGGGAAAACAAUGUGGAAUGAAGUCUCACUCCACAAACAACAGAGACCAGGCUGUGAUGAACCCCCUGAUCAAUACAAAGGGCUCAGGGUGGGUGUGGUUGGUCAACAGGAGUUACUAA